UAAUUUAAAAUGAGUCGUUUAAAAAUUCGAUCAUUCUGUAUCAAUUCGAAUAUUUUCAACAUAAUUUCUGGAUAAUUUAAUAUAUUGACCUGUUUUAUUUUUAGCUGAUGAUCCAUUAAUUGUUCCAUAUAAUGAUAGUCUACUUUCUUAUUUAACUCGUAUAUCAAACUCAAUGAUUGAAUCUACAGGUUCAAUAGCAUUAACUCCUAAAGAAUUUGAUAUACUUCUAAUUCUCAGUGGUAAACAAUCAAAAAGUGAUAAAAUUGAGCAAUUAUGUUCAAUAUUUUUUCGUUUACUUCGUCAAAAUGUACUAUCAAAAAAGAAGAAAAAAAAAUUUUCAAAUAAAACAUCUGAACAAGAUUUAAAUAUUUCAAUUCUUAAAAUAAUACAAAACUUAAUAAUUCAUAUUGAAAAUCCUCUAGU